GAAUUUCGAUGAAUAGAAAUUUCAAUUUUUAAUUAAAAUACGAUGAGUGUAGCUAUAAAUGAUCAUCGAAACUGUUUUAAUUAAUCUGCAUUUCAUAUUGACGAUUUUUAAUGCUUUUCUUCAUGGACUCAUUCAUCCUUUUUGUUCCCUUUCGGUUUAAUUGUAAAAUUGAUCUCCCGAUGGUUUGCAUUAAAAACGCAGCUGGAACUGUGUACCAUAACUUCGUAACACUUUGUAACUAGCAUCAAUGACGUGAGAAAUCGAGGUUAGAGAUUCAUUAAUCGAGGAAAAAAUUAUACAUUUCUCAUGCUCGACAGAGUGGAAUGUACACAUGUGGAGAACCCUCAACAUCUGCAUUGUUUUUGUCUCCAGUCAAACGUGCCUUGAAGAUGCCUUUUAAAUUCCAUUUGAAGAAAAGUCGGCAGUAUAACGUGGUCUCGAAGAAUCAGUAUGUGAUCUGUAUUGAGUUGCUGGAUACUACGACCAUAGAAUGCACACUGAGCAUCGACAGUCUCGGCCAAGAGUGCUUGGACAAUGUGACCCAAAGAUUGGGCCUAGGUCAGCCUGAAUUCUUUGGCUUGCGGUAUGUAUCUAGGCACGACUCUCCGUCCCCGAGGUGGGUGGACAUGGACAAGCCAUUGAAGAAACAGUUGGAGAAGGAGGCAAAGAAUUUUGGCCUUUAUUUGAGGGUCAUGUACUACGUCACAGAUGUACAACUUCUCCAGGAUGAGAUGACGAGAUACCACUAUUACCUUCAACUAAAGAGCGAUGUUUUAGAAGGACGAUUUCAGUGCAAUUCUAGACAAGCAACUCUUCUGGCAAGCUAUUCGAUGCAAGCAGAGUUUGGUAAUUUUGAUGCAGAAAGACAUACUAUGGAGUGUUUGCAACAGUGCACAUUGUUUCCUAAGGACGUCAUCCAAGCAGAUCCUGGAGGUCAAGAUUCUCUUUUGCAUACUGCAGUAUGCCAAUACAAGAAUCUCGUUGGUGUCACUCAAGCUGCAGCAGAGGAACUAUACAUUUCCAUUGUCAUGCAACUAGAGGGAUAUGGAAAUGAAACAUUUUCUACGAAGGAUAAUGGAAACAACGAGGUGAUAUUGGGAAUCUCUAUUAACGGAAUCAUGAUCAUUUAUCCUAACACGCAAACAACGCAAUUCUACAGGUGGAAAGACAUAAGUAAUGUUAUCAAUCACAAGAAGACAUUCAGAAUAGAGUGUCAAGCGGAAGGGGAGGAGCCGAAACAGUUUAUAUUCACCGAAUCGCGGAACGCGAAAUACGUUUGGCGAUUAUGCAUAGCGCAACAUACGUUUUAUAUGCAGCAUCAAGAAUCGAGGCCGAUAGAGAGAUCGACUAAUGGCUAUUUCGAUAGCGACACAAACGACUCUGGCGAUCACGCGGUAUCAGUGAACCUGGACAACAGGAACGCGGAGGGCCACACACGGUGGACCAGCUAUAACGAUCUGUCGACAUCACCGUAUCCCGUCGUGUCGGUUUCGUCGACGGACAUCAACAACUUACGUGCCUUGCUACCGUCUUACAGACCGGCGCCUGAUUACGAGACCGCCGUACAAAUGAAGUACAACAACGGAGGGAACCCGCCCCAGCCCUAUUACGCUAAUCAAUCGACGAUCGUCGGGGCAGACAUUUCGUGCCUUCUCGGUAACGUGGUUAACCGAAGCAGAUAUUAGAUUUAUCAACGCAGUAUAAGAAUUCUUUUGUUGUUUGAAAGAAACAGUAUUUCUCAACGAUUAUCCACACGCCCAUGCAAGAACUAAUAGAGAUUAAUGGUAAAGACUGACACGCACAACUUUACAAACUCUCACCCCCACAUCGUAAACAUUAUCCUUAAUUAAUCGCGUAUCGAAGUUUGAACUUCUCUUUAUUACCCAGAGAAGUCAUUUUUCUUAAUGUUGUGAGCAAUGUCAUAGUUUUAUGUAUAGUUAGCAUUAUUUAAGUGUAACCAUUUCAUUGUAAAUAAUUGGCAAUCUUAUGUUUUUAAUUAAUACCUUUAGUAAAAUAAGAUAUUUAUUGUUACGAUAAAAGUAUAUGUUUCGAAUGUUGUCAAUCCAUAAAAUGAGUAGAUUUAACAAAGUACAUUUCCUGUUUCAAUAAAUUGUAUACAAAACCAUGAACGAAGGAAAUACCCUAAUCGUUUUGGUCAUGUUACACAAAUCCAAGUAUCACGCUCUACCUCCUCGGUAGAAUACCAUCAACAAUAAAUACAUUUUUAAAUUAA